UUUUUCAUCUUGCUGAUAUAUAUUCCGUUCAAACUGUCGGUAAUUCAUUUAGCACGGCUACCUAUUUCUCUAAGAUGCGUCCCUUUGCUGUCUCGCUUUUCCUUGUUAACCGCGUUUUUUCCAAUACUGGCUUAAGCACCAACCAUGCAGACGGUGUAACUAACCUUGGCGGCGCGCCUAAUCUCGGUGGUGGAGUUAACUCAGCUAAUAGAGCUAUUCCUCCUGAUACAGCCAAGCCUGCUAGAGCGGCCAACUCUGGUGCAGUUGGCCCUUCUGGUGUGACUAACUCUGCUGAUAGAGCUAGUCCUGCUGAUAGAGCUAGUCCUGCUAGUAGAGCUAGUCCUGCUAGGGUAGCUAGUCUCGCUAUGGCAGCUAGUCCUGUUGCCCUGCCUGAUACCGUUAACCCUGCUGAUACCGUUAGUCCUGCUGAUACUCCAAUCCUGCUGGUUCUGAUACUACAUCUGGACAAUGCUCCUGUGUCUAGUGGCCAAUCUACAGAAGAUUCCAGCACAGCCGAUAUUGACAACUGCCUCUUGUCAAUUGCCGUUGGUUCCGACGAGAACCUAAAGUCACUGAUACAGGUGGUCAACCCUUCCGAUAUUCUCGCGGGAAAGAGUGUACAAAACCUGUUUGCGUUUGCCAAACAGCUGUUUCGCUCGACAGCAAAUACCAUGGACUAUUGCACACCAGACCUGUUCACAAAGUACAUGCUUAACCCGCAGUUGGUCGCAGACGCCGUGACUAGACUCAAGAGCUUCCUGGAAACUCCCAGCACCAACGCCUAGCACCCACGUUCUUCUUUAUUUGCUGCUGAUCCGCUGGAAUGCAUUAUGAUACUUUCCAGCUCUCACGUUCAGCCUCCAUUUGCAAAGAAUACAUCGUUAUUGGCACAUUCAUAUUGAUCCAGCCCAUACCGGACACCUCACUGACUCAUACACUUGACAACUCUCUAUCAGCGUCUGGGGGUGUCAGAAGGGAAAUCGUUGUUUUUAUUUCGUGUUCCCGGACUAUGCAAACUUCAGAUGCAAGGACAGAAUUGUGUAUGGAGCAAUAGAUGACAAGCAACAAACAAAAGCUGAUGCAAGCUUUAGUUUUCCAAAAGCAUGCGCCAAUCGGCUGUACGCGCCUUUCGGUAUUUGGCUCAGGAAGAGAUAAGCGUAAAUCCACCACAUGGAAUUCACUUCGCCCAACAAGACCGGGUCUGUCGCCAUUUUGGGACAAGCGGG